CAUGCAGUAUAGUCGCCUAGAAAUGCAGCUAGGUGUACUUAGAACUGAACAGAACAGUUGAAAGGAACAAGAAAACAUAUUCACACAUUCUUAAAAAGGGGUCCUGAGGCAGGAGUGUCAUUUUUAAAUCUGUCUGGUGGAAAAAAGUAAAGUCACUUAAGAAAAGGCAGCGAGACAAGACACUAUGGCUCAAGCGAUCGAGAUCUCGUUCUCUGAUUUUCAUACCAAGAAAAAUAAUACCGAGCAUCGAACAGAGGAGAUUAGCGACAGGCGUCUCAUCGUACGUCGAGGACAGACCUUUACAAUUAGCCUGCGCUUCAAAACAAGAGGGUUUCAGAAGGGAGACCGCAUCAUCUUCGUUGCAGAAACAGGACCUUGGCCCGAUGAAGCUUCUGGAACCAGAGCUGUAUUCCCCUUAGCAAGAACCAUUAAUAAGAUGACCUGGAGUGCAGCAUUAGUGGACAAUAGUAUAGAUUCAAUGACAAUCGACAUGUGUUCGUCACCCAAUGCUAUCAUUGGACAAUACACGCUAAAGAUUCAAUUUACUACAGGAGGCAAAGCCACCACCUAUCAACUGGGAACAUUUGUGAUCCUCUUCAAUCCCUGGUGUGAGAAUGAUGAUGUGUACCUUGAAAAUGAAGGACAGCGACAGGAAUAUGUUAUGAAUGAUUACGGCUUUGUGUAUCAAGGAAACCACAACUGGAUUUCUCCCUGUGCCUGGAACUUUGGGCAGUUUGAAGAUGAUAUUUUGGAUAUUGCUCUAAAGAUUUUGGACAAGAACUUGAAUUAUUUACAGGAUGCAUUUAAAGAUUUGUCCUUCAGAAACAGCCCUGUAUAUAUAAGCAGAGUAGUCUGUGCCAUGAUAAACAGCAAUGAUGACGAUGGAGUUCUCCAGGGCAACUGGAGCGAAGAUUAUAGUAAUGGAGUUUGUCCGUCUUCCUGGAAUGGAAGUACCGCCAUCUUAAGGCAGUGGUACAAGAGUGAUUGUCAUCCCGUCAAAUAUGGGCAGUGUUGGGUCUUUGCGGCUGUAAUGUGCACAGUCAUGAGAAGUUUAGGAAUCCCCACUCGUGUUAUAACAAAUUUUGAUUCAGCUCACGACACAAGCAAUAACCUAGUUAUUGAUGAAUAUUAUGAUACAACUGGCAAAAAACUCCCCAACAAAGGCAAUGACAGCAUUUGGAACUUCCAUGUGUGGUGUGAGUGUUGGAUGGCCAGGAGAGAUUUGCCACAAGGAUAUGGAGGGUGGCAGGUACUAGACCCAACGCCCCAGGAAACAAGUGAUGGAAUCUACUGCUGUGGCCCUGCUUCAGUUAAAGCCAUCAAAGAGGGAGAGGUCCACCUCAACUAUGACUCCCCAUUCGUGUUCGCUAUGGUCAAUGCAGAUUGCGUGUCAUGGACAGUGUAUGGGGCGAGAAAAGAAAAGCAUUUCUGUGACCCACAUUUGAUUGGAAAUUGCAUCAGCACCAAAAGCGUUGGCAGUGAUCAGCGUGAAGAUGUUACUAAUCACUAUAAAUAUGAAGAAGGAACACUUGAAGAAAGAAAAAUAUUCCAAAAAGCUUUGUACAGGUUACAAAGUAAACAUCCAGUGCUACGUUCCAAUGGCAGCAUCAAUUCCGACGAUACAAGCAGAUUCCCUGCCAAUGGAGUCUCCCAUGAAAAUGGAACCUUUGACAUGGAUAAACUACAUAAUCCGCCACUUAGUGCCGCCAAAUUACUUUUGAAAUUUAAAUUAACAGAGUCUCCACAGCUUGGACAAACCAUCAGCCUCUUGUUACUAGCUGCAAACUUGGUGACGGUUGCCAAGACCUUAAAGUUAUGCCUCAGCGCCCAGUCGAUAAAACAUAAUGGCACAGCAGCUCAUAGGUUCUGGAAACAUUCAAUGUACGUUGAGCUUGGGCCCAGAGAAGAGAAGUGGAUUGCAUUAAAAAUCCCCUAUGCACAGUACGGAAAAUUCCUCGAAGAAAACAAUUUGAUCAGAGUUACUGCUGUAGGGGAGCAGAAUCUAACCUGGGAGAAGCUGUUGGUGGAAAAAGAUAUUAACCUGGCUGUACCGGACAUUCUCAUCAACUUCGUUGAAUCACCGACAGUAAACAAACCGUGCAAGGUGCAGCUAACAUUCUUCAAUCCUCUAAACGAAGAGAUACAUAACAGUCUGCUAGUCAUUGAGGGCAGUGGCUUGCUUAAAAGUCAGAUGAAAUUACAGAUAGGAUCCAUAAAUCCAAGACAGAAAUCAAUUCUUGAGCUGCAAAUUGUUCCCUACAAAGCAGGGUUCAAACAGCUACAAGUGGCCUUCAGCUGCGACAAAGUCACAGUCAUCAAGGGGUACAAAAGCGUGCUGGUCAAACCCUGAUCAUAGACUUGUUUGGGCAGACACAGAGAUAAAACACGGCUGUUCUAGGCUUCUUGAGUUCUUGGAGGAACACAAAACUUUUAGCAUUAGCUGGGUGUGUUAAGCUGCACAUUAUCCUAGUGGUGAGGGCUCAUUCACAAAAGGAAACUUUCUGGCCUUUAUCUAACCGGUUAUUACGCUGGAUCACAGGAACAGCAACAUUUAUUUUUUUUAACGCAUAAUAUUUUUUGUACCAGGAGUGUGUGAUGUGCUACGAUUUGUAAAUAAAGUGACUUAAAAAAUAAAAGUGUUUAGGUUUUUCUAAGAAGUUAUGGAAAAAAUUGCAACAC